AUGUCCGCCGAAAAGGUCUACCGGGAGGUGCCCCACGAGGAGGAGGAGGUCGAGAGCCUCGCGGGAAGCCUCAACACGGAGAACACAGAAAACACAGAACGGGCGGCGUCGACGUCGAGAUGGAGGCGGAUGAGGGUCGGCGACGAGACUCCGUGCAAAGAAAAGGCCCGCCGGCUGGUGGCGAGGUAUUGGCCGUGGGCAGCUCACGGAGUGCUCCUGACGACGUCCAUCACCUUCUUCGCGCUGGCCUUCUGCCUGCGCUACGGCAACGCGACGAAAGACGAUACCUUUGUCACCAAGAAGUACUCUUCUUACUCCCCCGCCGCGGAUGUGGUCAAGUACCACACCGAGAGAUACGACCUCCUGCCCAUCGUGAACUCACCCUUCGUCGGUGCCGGGUACGAAGUUGACCGUGCAUGGGACCACAUCACCAACAAUGUCGGCGACCAGAUGAUCUCGCACGCCGAGCUCACCCGGCUUGGCCUGGACCCCAAGUCCAUCAAGAUCACCAACGCCGUCACCGGCGAGGAGGGCUACCGCAUCGGCCUCGAGGUCUUCCACCAGCUCCACUGCCUCAACCUGCUCCGCCAGUCUUCCUACCCCGAGUACUACAACCGGACGGAGGUCGGCGGCGACGUCCCCGUCGGCCACAAGGAUCUUCGAGGACAUCUCGACCACUGCAUCGAGGCGCUCCGUAUGAACCUCAUGUGCCAGUCCGACAUUGGCGUCUUCACCUUCAAGAUGUACCCCGAACUGCCCGUCGAGGGCCACUGGCCCGACUUCAGCACCCUGCACACGUGCCGCAACUUCGAUGACAUCCGCAACUGGGCCAUGGUCAACUCGGUGACGUUUGAGAACGAGGAAUAG